GGUGCUCAAACCGCGCCACAGCCACCGCCGCCGGACCUACAGCCCCAACUGUCGACGGCUAAUCGCCUCGAGCCCCGCGCUCUCGCGUGCUGGCUUCUCAUUGGCUGUUCCCGGGCCGGCCUGGAGGCGAGCGGAGAGUGCUGAUUAGCCGAGGGCACUCUUCUCCCCACGUGGGGUGAUGGUUGCCGCCUGCUCCGGUAAAGCGCGGAGGCGGCGGGAAGGCGGCUGUCCGGGAGGGAGGGGUGGCCUCGGCCAGCCUGGAAAUGUUUUCGCGAGAAAAAGGCUGGUAGCCGUUAGGUGCAGCUAGAUGUUCGAAGCUGAAGUGAGCACCCUUAUCUGCUUUCAGGAGCAGCCAUGCCACAGGCAAGGUUCUUUCCCCUUUGCCUUCCUGUCAAAACUUACAUCUUUUCCAGUGGUCAGCGUACCUCCUGCGGUGCUCCCCAUGCAGCAUUCCUGCAUGGAGGAUUUUCCUGCUGGGUACAUGAAGCUGGAGCAGGAGAUUGGAUCCACAAAAUGCAGCAAAAGCUCUAUGAAUUUUUUUGACUAGCAGCAGAGAUUAUUUUCUGUAACAUUAGUUCUGCCACAGGCAGUUAACAUGGCGACAGAAAUUGCACAGAAAGAAAUGUAGCUAGAAGCCUUCAUUUUUUUCCGUGUACUUCUGGACAAGAUUGGACAGGAAGAUACUACAAUCAAAUAGUCCUUUUUUUAGACACACCCACCCCCUUUUUUCUUUUUUCUUGAGCAUAGCUUAUUAAUGACUUUGUACAAUAGAAAUAGUCAAGAUUAUUAUCUUUAUGACAGAGCGAAUGAAAGUUGGAAAGAAAACUUCAUUUUAAAGAGAGCUGCCUCAAAUUUGAAACGGGGGAAAUAAAUUAUAUGUGUUAUAAAUAUCAGCCUUAUCACAUUCUAUUCCUGUAAAUUGUAUCCUUGCUCUGUGUGUAAAAAAACCAGCUGUGCUGAGCAGAAGACAUUCUCUGUUUCAGGUCUGCCCACAAGGCUUGAUUUUUGGAUUAUUGGGAGUAGUUAAGUUCUGUUUUUCUGCAAAAUAGAAGGUAUGUAUCUGUAGUUUUGGGAGAAAAUAAAACCUUUCAAGAGAAACUACAAAACUCGGUAGUGUUGUGUUGUUGGUGUUUUAUUUAAGAUUAAAGCUAGAGUAUUUUUCUAUGAGAUUUCAGUUGUUCCAAUGCAAGUUUUAUGCAAUUUGUAUACAAGGCUUUCCAUAGUUUACAACCAAUUGCAUUAAAAGCUACAUCUGAGGGAGUGAAGCAACUUAAAACCAAGGUUAAUGGCCAGUUCCUGCUAUUGUUCUGAUUUUUUUUUUUUACCUUUUUAGAAAUGCAGUUUAUACCCAGGAGCUGGUGCAAAUAUGGCCAUAUUCUUACUAAAUAGAUUCCUUCCCAGCUGUACUCAAGAAUCCAACAAGAGCAUUUUUACCAUUUUAAAUUUCUGUUUUAUGGGGUCAAUACCCCUAUGGAAUAUUGAAUUGGAGACCUAUGACCUAGUUAUAUGGUUGAAAUUUGGCUUUAGCCUUACAGUUAGCUUAAAGCCCAGAACAGCAGAGUUUUAAGAGACAGGUGUACAGGUUGAUUAUUCUGAAAGGCCUAGGCCUGUAAUGAAGAUUGCCAUGAUAAAAGAGAAUUUGAUUCUGUGAGUGAUGUUGGUGUUUCUUGGUUGGUGAAGCUUAUCUUUAGGACUGAAGUGACUAAGGAGUCUGUUUAAGAUGCAGUUUGAGAAACAAACACCAAAGUAAUUUGAAAAUUGGCCCAUUUUGGUUUGGGGGUUUUGUUUACUUGUUUAUUUUUACUUAUUGUCCUCAUUUUUAAAGGUGCUAGGCUCAUUAUUGUGCCUACUUCUUUAUGCUGAUUUACAUUCACAUGACCAUUGCUUUUUCUUGUGUGACUUGUAACUCCAUUUUGAAGUACAUAAGUUGCUAUAUUUCUCUUGAGAGUGGAAAAAACCUGCAUCUGUGCUUGAACUAUUUUACAGAAGCAUUUCAUUAGAAGGGCAAGCUUUACGUGUUGGUGCUUUCUUGCACAAAUUCCUAGCUUAAGUCAUUUAAAGCCUGGAAAACCAUAGGAGAAUCAGCUGUUGGGCAGAAGCCCUUUCUGAGACAAAGACAGCACCACUCAGCAGCAACAGCAGUUGUAUCUUUCCUUUGAAUCGUCUUUCCUUUGGGGCAACUAGCCUGAGUCUCCUAGGCUUAUCACCAUCACUUUUUGUCCCUGCUCCAUCCCUUUCCUUUUUCUGGAAAGGACACAAUGAAAAUGAUAGGUUGCCUACAGUGCUGGGAAGUCUUGAAACAAUCCUUGAGCUGAAUGCAAUCCUGUAUUUAGUUUGUAACACAAAAAAAGAUGGGGGGGGACAUAUUUGCCUAUGAACAGUUCAUACUUCUUAUCUUUGGGGUCUUCUUUUUAUGAAUAACCUACUAAAAUUAAGGUUUCUUUAUAUUCUGCUUUUCAUAUACUUGAUUUAAUAGUAUAAGGAUACUUAAUAAUUUAAGUUUUAAUACUUUUCAUAUACUGGUAUAAAAAUGUAUCCCUAUAAAAUUGCAUUGGAUUAUAUGAAAACAAUCAAGUAUCAUCUUGCAGAUCUCUCUGAGAAUAGCUUUUCUGAAGAAGUUAUGGAGGUGACUUUAAAAGAUGGUGGUUUUCAGUAUAUAUAACAGAUAGAUAAUACUUCAAAGGUAGCCACUUUUGGACUGGCCCCUCAGUGCCUGCAGGAUAGCAAACAAGCUUUGAAGGGACAAUACCUUGAGGUUUUUUAGACAGCAUUGUCUUUGUAUAAUCAAAAUAUAGCAAGUCAAUACAUACACAUUUCUGAAAGUGAUAGUGCCCUUAACUUCAGUGUUCCUGUUUUUCUUUUGAUGCUUACAUCUGAGAGAGAUGUGCUCAGUGUGCAUUUGCAUCUGAAUUCUACAUGUGUGUGUGUUUGAAUCCUGAAAUACACAGGAGUAGUAAAGGAUGACAGACUUCGUAUUAGAAUAAAACUUUAUGCCCUUAUUAUAUUAGGUCUCUGCCGUGGUUUAACCCCAGCCAGCACUCAUGCACCAUGCAGCCACAAGCUCACUCCCCCCUCCCCCAGAGGGAUGGGGAGGAGGAUCGGAAAGGAAUGUAAAUUCAAGGGUUGAGAGAAGAACAAUUUAAUAGGUAAAGCAAAAGCCUCGCGUGCAAGCAAAGCAAGGAAUUCAUUCACUGCUUUCCAUAGGCAGGCAGGUGCUCAGCCAUCCCCAGGAAAGCAAGAGCUCCAUCAUCAAACUGCAGGGAUUUACUAAUUGUUGGGAGAAGGGUUCACCGGAGUCAAGAAGACGCUCAAUAUGAGUUAUGCAUCUUGCUCAACUUUAUUAGUUUCUAACACUACUUAUAUAGAAUCGAAACACAUGCAUAUUCAUAAAGCAAAAAUAUAAUUGGUUAUUAGUCUCUAAGCGCGCGCGGUUCUCACACCCCUAAUUAUCAUGACUAAAAUAAGCAUUCUAUCCAUGUAGCUCAUUGUGUUGUUAUGCUUCAGCCUUGUAGUUUGUUACUCCCUAUAUUCCCAUACUGCUCCCUAUCUUUCUUGGCCCUGCACCUGCUUUCCCAGCAGCUGUAGCUUCCUACAGCCACGGCCUGUUGGCACAACAUAAUUACUUGGUCUCAGGAUUCAAGAAUAGCUCAAGGCUACCUUUCUUGUUAACUUCUUCAGCACAAUUCUGAUUACAGGCCUAUUCUAAUACCAGGCCUGGAUUGUGCAGAUCUUCAGAGAUUCUAAGGCCAUGCUUCUGCAGCCAUUCUUCUACGACUAAUUUUCUUACAUUUACUGGUAUGUCACUGAUGCGGACUUUUUGAGCACAGUUCCCUGCUGACAGAGGAAGCUAUGCAACAGAAUUGCUAUUAUAAAUUAUAAAUUGAUAACCUUUUAUUUUGGUCUCAUUUGUUCUGGAAGGGUUAUCUAGAACCCAGCUAUUCAUGUUGGUAUCUUUUCUAUUUUUUUCUGGUCUGUAUGUAUUCAGGUAUGUAUGAGUAUUCACAACAACCAUCUGUGCUUGUGAACAAUUUUGGUUGGGUUAUAAUCCUUUUCCUCUCUGUGGUUUGCUCUGUUAUGUAUAAAAGUCAAUCAUGCCCAAUUUCUCAAUCUUUGUCUUAGUAUGUUAGGUAAGCCAAGCUCUCAGGCUUUUCAUAAGUCACAUUUUUUGUGCCUGUAACUGCCUAACUAAAGCUGAUCAAACUUCAUUCUCAUGAACUUUGGUGUUUAGAAUUCUGCACAAAGCUAUGUUCCAUGUUUCACUUGCAAAACUUCUGUGGGGCCAUUAAUUCUAUUCUCUGCUGGAAAUAGUUGUGCAGAUAUAUGCUGAGAUAACACUUAAAUUUAACUCUAUCUAUUUACCACUAACUGAUGUGACUCUGUUCAACUCUUCCUACUGUGCUUUUAUACAUCCCAAACUGCUUUAUAUACUCUUAGUUACAGAAUUUCUUGUACAUCUUUACUACUCUAGUCUGACAGGUCAGGAAGGUCUUGCACCUUGACUCUUCGUGGAUAUAAACCUUUAUUAAAAGGCAGUUAUUCCACUCAUAAUAGCAAUGACUGGCACAGAAGAGAAAAAAAAUAGGCCUAUGCAGCAUUGCCAUCUAAUGGUAAUGACGGAAAAAAUGCUGAGCGUCAAGGAGAGAAAGGCAAGGAGGCAUCAUUGUAGACCACUCCUUUCACUUUAGGAAACGAGUCUGAGAAAGUAAAUUCUCCAAAAUAGCGGCUGUAGUGUAGAGCCUCUAAGAGGGACUGUGUAUUCAGCAUUUUUCAUCUAUUCUUCAAGAGUCCCUUAGAAAAAAAAUCUGAAAGGACUUGAUAAUGCCAUCGCUGCCAGAUGUUUUUGUCUGGAGAUACUGAAGUCCUGAUGCAGAAAAUACAGACCAUGUGAAAACAUAGGAUAUAAGCUGCUAUACCUAACCUUUUAUAGGGUAUGGUGUGUGCUGAUCUUUGUGUCCUCAGCUGUAUUAACCAUAUCAGAUUGGAAAAUAAUCACACUAAAAUAUGCUAUUUAUAGAUGACCAAAUCUGUGUUUCUGGUGUCUUCAGGAGAUUACAAAAAUCUCACAGGCUUUGUAUGGAAGAAGAAAAAUAAUGAGAGGGGGUGGGGAGUAUAAAGAAACAGUAUGGGGAUAGUAAACAGUAUAAAUGAGUAAAGAAAAGUAUUUGUUUCUGGAAGGCUUUUGAUACUUAAAAUUGUUCCCGUUCAAACGUGUAGCAAUCGUAAAUAUCCGUUAUGUGUGAAAGAGAGAGAGCAGUGAACUGCAAGUCUUAGGACUGCAAAACAUUCUCUGUUGUAGGUUUUCAUGAACCUGUGGAUGUUGGAAUCUCAGUGUUGGACUACUUGCUAGGUCUCCUGGCUUGCUCAAGAGUAGGAUUCCCUCCAGUCUGCCAUAUGCAUUGCUUAAGAGUUAGGAACAGUACAGUUUGCAAAGAGCUUCUUUUCGAAAAUUACUGUGAAUGACCUCAGUUUGUCACUUCUGGGUUUAAUGAAUGUGCAGAUCCUUAUGGGAGAAUGUUUUAUCGUAAUUUUUCUCAGAAGCCUAAUUAUUAAUAGUUUCCUAGAAUCCUGUGUGAUUAUAAUUUUCCUUGUAAAAAUAUAGCUUUAAUUGUAAAAGCUAUAGUAGAAGUUUUAUUUCAGUAUUUGUGACUUGCAAAAUUUGCACUGACCAGAACAGGUACACAGACAGAUUUUAAGCUCCCAUCUUGAACCACUGCGUCUGUAGAGAAUGUGUCAGUAAUUUAAUGAAAAACAGGGUCUUGCCUAGAAAACUACACUUCUGUUUGAAAGUUAUCUGUAGACGGAAGUUCAAAUUGGCUUCUAAAAGAUAUAAGAAGUCAGUUUUAAAACUAUCUAGGAGUUAUGGCAAUAUCUGUAGAAAUGUAAAGUGGAGAAAUGACCUGUUCACGUAGAAGAAAAUUCUGUCAAAAAUCAAUCUAACAAUUUGGGUUUUCUUUUACUGCCUUUGUCUCCGACAGUUAGUCUGGCAAGUCUAUUAUAAGCCAGUGAAUUUAUACAGCAGAUACGUCAGAUUGUAAUGCUGGGACAGCUUGCUCUGAUGAUCAUCUCUAUCCUUGCCUGGCAAAGCUUUAGGGUUAAGUAAUUGAAAAGCAGGGAUUUGGUUUCCUUUUGUUGUGUUUUUUUUCUUUUUUCUUUUUGUUUGUUGUUUUUUUUAAUUAACCUGCACCUUUAGAUAAAAAGGUAUCAUUUUCUUUCGUCUAGUAUCCAGAAUUAUCUAGGAACUGGUAAGUCCCUUUGGCAAAACACUUCUUUCAAUGGGUAACAGUGGCUGCCUCGGUGACUUUUCAGUUAAUGGAGUGAAAGCAUUCAGUUUAUAGCAAAGGAAGCUUUUAAAACUUAUUAUUAUUAAUAGUAGGCCUAUGAAGAAGAAAACAUCUUAUUUUCCUCAUCUGUUGUUGGUUACAGCAAGUAUGUGACUUAAAUUAUAGGUCAUUUGGUUGCAGUUUUUGAGAAGCUGUAGGAAACUUGAGUGGUUUCACUUAAGUGACGUGAAAGUAUUUGGCAAAAAAGGCUGUCCUGCAAAAGGCUUUUAUUAAAUGCUUAAUAAUUAUCACUGACCUCGGCAGUGAUGGAUGAGUCCACAUGUAGGUACUUCAGCGAUUCUCAACAACAUAUAAUUUCUGCUUGAGGUGGUCUACCACCCGCGUUACCUUGUUCAGCGUGCUAGACACUACUUCCCCAGUCAGGUUCUUCUGACGAGACACACUUCCCGGAAAUGACCCCCGACACCCUCCCGCGCUGCCUUUUGCGCCUUCUUUCGCCUUCUUGGCGUCUUUGCAAGGUCGUAAACACGGCAUUGUCUGUAACUUGCGGUUAACGGUUCUCUACCGCUCUAAACGGACUGUUUUAACGCUACCACUUGUCUGAGGAAGGCUGCGCGCGGUGCCGGCAGGGCCGGGAGCCCGCGGCGGGUCACUGCGGCGGAGGAUGCUGCUGCCGCCCGGGGAGGGGCGAAGCAGAAGCGGUCUCUUCCUGGCGCCCCGCGUCUUCAUUGGCCAGCGCCUACGGCGUCCCUGGCAGGGAUUGGCAUCGCCGGUGCGGGCUGCGGAGCGCGGGUUCGCGGCCGGGAAGCGCUCGCUGCGCCUUGCGGGCCGCGGGGGCCCAGCUGCCGCCAUGUCGCGGAGGCUGCUCAAAGAUUAUGCAAGAGGAGGCUCUCAGUAUAACAUCUGCAGAGGAGAGAGAAAAUAUUCCCUUUCUUCCUCUUCGGACUUUUACUCCAGUCUUGGAUUGGAAGACUUCCUCUCUGUAGGUGACACUUACGGAACAGAGGAGGACACAGACAUGGCUAUCCUUUAUGGAACUUUGCGAGGAAGUGUUGUUGGGUUACGAUACUACACGGGGAUUGUUAAUAACAAUGAAAUGGUUGCACUUCAGAGGGAGCCCAAUAAUCCUUAUGAUAAAAAUGCAGUGAAAGUAAAUAAUGUGAACGGAGACCAAGUAGGCCAUAUAAAAAAAGAACUAGCGGCAGCAUUGGCAGGCAUUAUGGACAACAAACUAGCAGUAGUUGAAGGGGUUGUCCCUUAUGGAGCAAAAAAUGCCUUUACCAUGCCUGUACAAAUGAGCUUUUGGGGAAGAGAAGAAAACAAGGAAAUAGUGCUAGAUCAGCUGAAAAGGCACGGAUUUAAAUUGGCUCUCCCCCUGAAAGUAGGUUCAGAAUGUGGUUUUGGAUCAAAGUGGAUUUCUGGGAGAGCUGGUCCAAGUUACAAUGCUCCGGUUCAUGCUGCUGUGCAGUUGACGACUAACCAGCUUAAAAGUGAAUUUGACAAAUUGUUUGAGGAUCUGAAGGAAGAUGAUAAAACUUGUGAAAUGGAAGGAGCAGAGGCUGUUGGCACGCCCUUGCUUCCCCACCAGAAGCAGGCUUUAGCCUGGAUGGUUUCACGUGAGAACAGUAAUGAUUUGCCACCGUUUUGGGAAGAGAGAAGUAACUUCUAUUACAAUAUACUUACAAAUUUUGCAGAAAAGCAGCGACCUGAAAAUGUUCUUGGAGGAAUACUGGCUGAUGAUAUGGGACUGGGGAAAACGCUCACUACUAUUGCAUUGAUUCUCACAAAUUUUCAAGAUGGCAAGCCUCUUCCUGUUGAAAAGAUCACAAGUGAUAAGUUUUAUGAGGUAUCUGGUACUAACACCAUGAACAACGUUGGACGCAGACUAUGUAAAGACUCUAGCAAUGUGAUGGAGCCUGGAGUUUCUAAAGUAAAGAAGCUUGAAACUACUCUGUUGGAAUACUCAAGUUGUCUUCCAAAAAGAGAUAAAGCCAAGAAACGCAGAUAUUCAGGAAGCAGUGACUUGGGAGAGUCCGAAGAAUGGCUACUGCAACAAACAGAAACAACUUCCUGUGUUAUCCAAGAAGACACAGGCCUUCUACCUUCAUCUACUUGUUUAAAAAGACAAACAAAGAGAAAAGGUAUCGCUAGCUUUCAGUCAGUUAAGAAGAAAUACUCUGAUGAUGGCCCCAGAGCAACACUGAUCGUAUGCCCGCUGUCUGUUUUAAGCAGUUGGAUUGACGAAUUUGAACAACAUAUCCAUCAAGAUUUUCAUGUAAAUAUUUAUGUUCAUUAUGGUUCUGACCGUAGCAAAGACCCAUCAGUUCUUUCAGAACAAGACAUUGUACUGACAACAUAUAACACCUUAGCUACUGAUUAUGGAAUCAGAGGUGACAGCCCUUUACACAAAGUCAAGUGGCUGAGAAUUGUGUUGGAUGAGGGGCACACUAUACGAAAUCCAAAUGCUCAGCAGACUAAAGCUGCCUUAAAUCUGGAGGCACACAGAAGAUGGGUACUUACAGGCACUCCUAUCCAGAAUUCUGUAAAGGAUUUGUGGUCUCUUAUUUCCUUCUUAAAACUGAAACCUUUCACUGAUCGAGAGUGGUGGCACAGAACAAUUCAACGUCCAGUCACAAUGGGAGCUCCAGGAGGACUUGGGCGUUUGCAGUCUCUGAUUAGGACUAUUACCCUUAGAAGAACUAAAACAAGUAAAGUUAAUGGAAAACCCAUUUUGGAGUUACCGGAACGUAGAGUACUUAUUCAAUAUGUUACGCUGACUGAGGAAGAGAGACAAAUUUAUCAGUCUGUGAAGAAGGAAGGCAAAGCUGCUAUUAGCGGAUUUUUCAGUGAAGGGACUGUACUAACUCACUAUGCUGACAUCCUUGGUGUCCUGCUCAGAUUGAGGCAGCUUUGUUGUCAUCCUCGUCUUUGUAUAAAUACAUCUUCUAGUUUUUCAGCUGAUAAUAAAAUUCCUGAAGAACUGCAUGAGACGUUAGUGAGGAAAAUGAAGUUGGUUCUGAGCUCUGGUUCAGAUGAAGAAUGUGCAGUUUGCUUGGAAUCGCUGACUCUUCCUGUGAUAACACACUGUGCGCAUGUGUUCUGUAAACCAUGUAUUUUUGAAGUCAUCAGAAGAGAACAGCCAAAUGCCAAAUGCCCGUUCUGUAGGAAUGAGCUUCGAGUGGAGCACUUGGUGGAAUGUCCCCUAGAAGAGGAAAUAGACUCCAGUAAUCGAAAGAAGUUGGAUCAAGAGUGGAUAUCCAGUUCAAAGAUAAAUGCUCUCAUGCAUGCUUUGAUAGAACUACGGAGGGAUAAUCCAACUGCUAAAUGUCUGGUUGUUUCUCAGUUCACAACUUUCCUAUCACUGAUGGAAAAUCCCUUGAAAGAAUCGGGGUUUGCCUUUACUCGUUUGGAUGGGUCAAUGGCACAGAAGAAAAGAGUAGAAGCAAUUCGGUGUUUCCAAAGCAGCCAAGCAGGAUCCCCAACUGUAAUGCUUUUGUCUCUGAAAGCAGGUGGAGUUGGAUUAAAUCUGACAGCAGCUUCCCGAGUGUUUUUAAUGGAUCCUGCUUGGAAUCCUGCUGCAGAAGACCAGUGUUUUGAUAGGUGUCACAGGCUGGGUCAGAAGCAUAAUGUUGUUAUUACUAAGUUCAUUGUGAAGAAUUCAGUGGAAGAAAAUAUGCUGAAAAUUCAGAACAAGAAGAGGGAACUUGCAGCAGGAGCCUUUGCUACCAAAAAGCCUUCAGCAACUGAAGUAAAACAAACCAAAAUCAAUGAAAUUAAGGCUCUAAUUGAUUUAUAGCUUGAAACUGUGGUAUUUGAGUAAAUAAUAUAUUCCAUAUUUUAGUUAAUAUUCUCUUCAAGUUACAUUGUCUCAUGCUUUUAGUUUUGUCGUCUUUGUGGUCAAAACAUAAAUGCUUGAAAUAAAUGAUAAAAACCAAUUUGCUUCUAAAUUUCUUAACUUAAAAAUGCACAAACUUGUUUUGAAUUCCUGAAAUCUUUCCAGUGGUCUGCAAAAUAUUGCUUACUAUGUACAAUGCUUAAGAAUACAUAAAAAUCCCUCAGAACAGAAAUGUGUAGAACUCACAGUUCUAUCUUGUGAGAAUUUAAUCUCUUUUUAGAGGUGAAAAGGUAACAAAGGGUAAAUAACAAGAGUAAGAAAUUAUGUAGCUUCAUGUUUCAAUCUCUCCUGAUAGCCAAACAGAUCAUUUGGAUUGUUUCAGAGUAGGUAAUCAGUGAUCACUUUAUAAGGAAUGCUUAUUUUCGCAGACUAUGUUCAGAGAUAGUAUCUAAAUAAAAUUUUUAAAAUAUUUUUUUACUAUUUCUGAAUAAUGCACAAGUGUGGCAGGGAGUUCCUCUGAUUACUUCUCAGGAGCUCGUAAAAAUCUAGUACUUAAAA